AUGGGUGCUUGUGAUCGUGCUUCCCAGUGGCAGUAUGCCCUUUCGUUUCUGCGUGGUUUUCGAGGACGAAGCUUGCAGCCAGAUGUUGUCACCUACAACACGGCCCUGAGCGCGUGUUCCAAAGGCAGCCGCUGGCAGCUGGCGCUCGCUUUGCACCGCGCUGGGCCCGGCUUUGCUGCAGCGCCGGCCCUGAGGGCCUGCAGCCAAGGCCAGCAGUGGCAGCUGGGCCUGGAGUUCCUCAGGAGCCUUAGGGCCGAGGAUUUGGACCUCCGGGCUCUCACCGCAGGGAUCCAGGCCUGCUCGCUCGGGGGCUGCUGGCAACUGGCACUGCAGCUCCUCCAUGAGAUGGAAGGCCUCCGGCACUCUGCAGAUGCGAUUGCCAUCAGUGCUGCCAUGGGCGCCUGCGAGAAGGCUGGCCACUGGGCUCAGGCCCUGAGCCUCUUUCGGGGCCUUCGCGGCCGUGGGCUGGAACCUGAUGUCGUCAGCUUCAAUUCAGCGCUGAGCAGCUGCGCCAGAGGAGAGGCGUGGCAGACAGCUUUGCAGCUUCUUUGGGAGGCUUGCAGAGAAGUCCGUCCGGACGUCGUGACGUUCACCUCAGCCAUGUCAGCAGUCUCCCGGGCCCAUCUCUGGGAGCAGGCGCUGGACCUGCACGAGCUCCUCCAAACAGAGGUUUUGGCCAACAACGUGGUGCGUCUUACGGCGAUCCAAGCCUGUGGGAUGCUGGAGCACUGGCAGAUGGCCCUUGCCUUAUUGCCAGAAGAUGGUCAUGACGAGGAGAGCGGCAACGCCGCAAAUGCGGCGCUCGCAGCCGUGGGCUCCUGGGCUGGAGCGUUGCACCUCGUCGCCUCCAUGACCAUCUCGAGGAUACCGACCAGCUCGGUGACUUUCCGGAGCCUCGCCCGCUCCUGUGAGAGGACGGGACGCUGGCAGCAGGCGCUCAGCAUGGCUCAGAGUCAGAGAGACCACCACGUCUCCCUGGAGUCCUACAAGGCACUCAUCGCCGCCUGCCAGGCUUCAGCUGCCACGACGGCAGGUGCGGCUUUGAUGCGCGAGAUGCACGGAGUUACGGAGACUGGUUUCACGUGGUUGUGGACCCUGGCCAAGCUGCAGCUUCAGGAGGCUGACCUCCGAGCCCGCGCAGUGGCGGCUGCCAUUCGUGCGCUCGAGGGAACGGUUUCUCCGGCGGAAAUCGCGAUGGUGUCCUGGUCGCUGGCCACACUCGGUGUUGCAAGCCCACGCUAUCGAGCAGCGUGCUCGCGACAAGUUUCCUCGCUGCAUCGCUUCACUACAGAGGAGCUGGGCCAUCUUGCAUUCGGCCUUGCGGCUGCCCCGGGUGAUGCAAAGGUCUUUCUGCAGUUGCAACGAGAAGUUCGGGGACGUUUGAAGAUGGUGCGCUGGACUCAAGUUGCAGCACCUCUUCGGCGAAAAGCGUUAGAGGACGACCUCCUGAAUGUCCUUUGGUCCUGCAGCUUUGCCGGCGCCGUAGAUCCACCGUUGCGCAGAGCACUUGGCCGCUGCUUUCGGGCACUGGGCGCAAGCUUGGACAGGAGGUUUCGGAACAGCCCCACUCCGCUGCACUCCAGCCAAGCUUUGACCGGGCCUUCCGUCCGGCUGGAUCUCUGCGACCGACUCGUCCUUUUUAAGCCAGUCGGUUGGGAAGUUUGCGACGGGAACGUUCGUCGGCAACUUCGACACUUUGUGGGCUGGAAGGGCUCGUGGCCCAUUCUGCGGAGUGCACAGCAUGACUAUGGAUUCCUGCACCGCGUGGACGUUCCGUGCUCUGGGUUGAUUCUCUUUGCGAAGAGCUUUCGAGCAUACUACGACUUGCAGGUGCAGUUGAGAGCCGGAGACACUCAGCUGAACAUCUCAUGGGCCUUCGUUGCAGUCCCCACUGUCGGGGGCCGCGUAAGCACCGGGCUUCUCCCAACACCCGUAAGGAGGAAGGCGAUCGAUGAACUUGUGAUGUUUCUGGGCCUGAGCGGCGCGAGCCCAAGCAGAAAGCUCUCUUUUGAAGGCGUGGCUUUCGCUUCAAGGCCUGCUGGGCCCACUGUGUUGUUUCCACAAAAGAAGCUUCAGAAGCUGCGGCUUUUCCGGAAGCGCAAAGGGGUCGUGCGGUGGGCUUGGGAGUUCUACUCGGCGGUCUCGGAUGCUUGUGCGUCGUUGGUAGCCGGUGAACAUGGGCAUCAGCAGCUGCGAGGCCUGGCAGAGGUGAGGUCCGUGCGCCAGCAUCGACGGACAGCUUUCUUAGAUGUCGGCAACGCUGCGACGAGAAAUGAAGGAAGCCCAGUGAGCACCAGCGAAGACCAGGAGCUGCUUCAGGUCGUGGUGCCACUUGAAGCCGAUGUGGGAAACAAACAGCUUCUGAGGCCAGGAAUUCUCUUAAGUUUCCGUGGAGUAGCAGGAAGGACACGCCGGGGCCAGGCAUCACUCUUCGCAAAGAGCUUUACAGCCGAAGGCUUGACGGCUGCCUCUCCCGCCUUGCUUGCAUCGCUCCUUAGUUUCGCCUUGGUAGGGGCUGUCCGACGAAAGGACCUCUGCCGCUGGUUGCAAAUGUCAGAGGUUGAGUUGGAGAACGUGCUUUUGUGGGACGAGCCUCGGCGACAGAGAUUCUGCUCGCGGCGUGCACGCUUUCUUCGCUUUGGGCGGGAUCACCGUGCAAGGAACCGACGACGGAGCAUGACUGCAAAGGAGCACCAUGCGCUGGAAGAGUUAAGAGGUUGGGCAGAGAUGCUGCGCAGGCAUGCCAAGCCAUUGCCCCAAGACGUUUCAGAUGUCGCCCACGCAGCGUUGGGUCCUGCGGAUCCUCUCGCAAACCUUGGCGGAGCGCACCCGCAUCUGGAGAGGUUUUCGAAGCGCAAGAAGCGACCGCAGGUUUCUGUGAUGACCAGACUUGUUUCAGAGCUUGGCCAGCUUCGAAGCGACGUCGAGAUUGUGGACAUCGUGGACGUCGGCGGAGGUCGUGGUGACCUGGCCAUGGCUGUGGCGGCUGCUGUGCCACGCGCAAAGGUCUCGGUGAUCGAAUCUUUCGCUCCCUCAGCACAGCAAGGCCAGCAUCGUGCCGAUGAACUGAAACUGGAUGUCGACUUCCAUGUUUCGAACGCAGAAUCACUGGCCUCUGCAUUGCAGGCCCAAGAACGCCGUCCCAUUGUAAUGGCUUUACAUGCGUGUGGUGGCCUCACCGAUGUUGCCUUGGAAGCCUGUGCCACGCUCCGACUGCCCUUCUGCAUUUGCCCUUGCUGCUAUGCGUCACAGCCCCAGCUGCGUUCAAGAGCGCUUGCACCUCAAGAGGAGAUUCUGCAACGACUCGCGGAAAGCAACGGCUUACCUCGUGAUGUCUCCCAGCUGGCAGCCUUUGGCAUUAACGGAAUGAGACUGCGUCAUUUGGACCCUAUUCCUGUCCCAAUCUCGACGACACCGGAACUGCCACCAUCCUGGAGCGUGCGUGCUUACACCUUCCCAAACGAGUGGUCUUCCCGCAAUAUGAUUCUCUGGGGCUAUCCGCAGGAAUGGAAACAGAGCACGGGCUUCACUUCUCUAGUAUCCCUUGAGACCCCAAUGCGCCACUGA